CACCAUGACAACUACCUCAGCAGAUAGCUCCGGUAACUGUGAAGUUAACUGUGAAAAGUGGCAGGCGGAACUGAGCUAGAGUCACAGUAGCUCUGGUUUGGACUAUUCAGAAUAUACCUUUGAGUCCUUCAGCGAGGAGGAAGAAGCCUGAUGGCAGCGAGAGAGCGAACCAUCUGAAUCGUAUUGUUCCACAGAGGAUUCAGUAUCCGCUGUGUCGGAUGCAUUGGAAAGCAUGUCGUGGUUGGCAGGCCAAAAUCCUGCAGAUGAGCAGGCUGAAGUAGCGGAUUCUGCAGGUAUAGAAAGAGAUGUCAUGGGAAAAUGGAUUGAUCUGAAAAAUAAAGAAGCCGACAUUAAGCAAGACAAAUCUGUCAUCAAAACUCAUGCUGAAAUUACUGAAUUCUUAGAUGGAGAACUGGAUGCUCUCCAGUCUUUUUGCACCAUUAAGAUAAGUAAGAUGCGUCAGCAGCUGAUCUCUAAGUGGGCAAAUGGUGGCAAGUCAAGGAAGCCGCAGCAUGGAUUCACAGCAAAGAAACCGGAGACAAGUGAUUUGAACUGCACUGUUCCUGAUCAGCUAAUUAACAGAAUCCGCCUGAAAAAUAUCAGAGAGACUGUUAAACAGGUGACAGAAGCUCAAAUCCACGAAUCUUCAGUGUGCCCUGACUGUCAGCAGAAGAAAGCAGAGCUCGCCGAGAUUACCUUCCUCAGACGAAUGAAAAUUCUAAUGGAAAGUGCUUUAAUCCAAGAGAAAUUGGAAGAACAGAUUUACUCCAGCGAUGUGCUUAUACGUAUAGGUGAAGCACUUGGAAGCUUUCCCAAACCUUCAGAGGACCCCGGGAACUUAUGGCAAAGGCUGAAAGUUAAAGGAAAGACUGAGUUUGGCGAAUGUCUGAAAUCUUCAGCUUCACUGGGAGGAUGAAAGCCAGAAAUUACACGUGAGCUACUGCAGUUUUAGUUUUUUAAUAGGAAGCUGAUUGUACAUCCCUGACCUUUAGGCUAACUCAAGCAUGCUUUCUUUGACUUCCUGAUUAUAUUUUUUGAGUACGAAUAGUUGAUAAGGACCUGUAAAUCAGCAGCAAGUGAGAAAAGUGUAGAAUACUGUUCUCAAAUGAACACAAAAACAUCUUUCUAAAGUAAAGAUGACUGACCUGAAACGAUAAGUCUGCUCCUUGUGAAUGAAUAUAAAAAUCCCUUUGAUUUCAGUAGUAGGAGAAUCUUUUGUUGCUGUCUUUGUGUGUGUGCGUCUUUCAUGUACUCCUGCAUACAUACACUGUGCAUUUUCAAGUGUUGAGUUACUUCUAGCAUUUGUAUCAUCUUAAAUAUGUAUUGGCUUUUUAAUAUAGUUUCAGGCUUGCUUGCCUUCUUUCCGCCUUCAGCUUGUGUGUAAAUUUCCCUGCUGCCUUGCAAAUUAUCUCUUCCAUUUUUAUUGCAUUACAGAAGAAUGUGCCUCCUUUCUCUAAAUUUGCAUCUUUUUGAUGUAAAAACAUUUGUAUGAAAUGUAUCCAUCAUGUUAUAAACCUGGUAUGUAAACGAUUCUUUUCUGCUCCAGAGCUGGUGUAGCAAGACAUCUACUAAUACACUUGUGCACAAAAUUGCAGAUGAAAGCCAGAGUGGGAGCGAGAGCAAAUGAAAGUGGGGACAAGGAGGAGAGAGGGCAAGGAGGAAGGGAUGGGAGAAGGAGAGAAGGCAGGAAAGGCUUCAAAAAGCAUGUUGUGAGAUGUUUUAGCCUUGCUACUUAUUUUUUUCAUAGCAUCUUCUGUAACCUCAUGUGUAAGACUAAAGGGCUGGCUUUUAGGACUAUUUUAAAUAUAUACAUAAGACCGCCCUUGCCAUUUUCAAAAUCUGUGUACAUACUAAUACGCAUCCGUCUUUAGCUUUGCAUGCUUAAAAUACUUUUGGAAAUCAUAAGGUUGCAAGUCUUUAAAGUGCUGGUGAGCUUUCAGCUGAAAGCCAGUUAGGCUUUAUACGUUCCAGUAGGUUCUGUGCACUUUGGGGAUGUGGGCGUAAAUAAUAAACAUUGGGUUGUUACAGAAGGACACUUUAGGCGUGUUUGUAGUGUCACUGGAUUUGUAGGUGUCAAACACCGUAGAUUUAUCUGAGAAGUCCUGAAAUCAAAUAACCUCUUUAUGCCUUUGUCUGCCACAUGUCUUACGCAUAUGUCUUCCAGAUAACCUCUUGAUGCCUUUGUUUUGUUAAUCUCAAGACAAAAUAGAAAAAAUGAACUAUAUUGGAUUUUUACACAUAGUCAUCCUUAGAAACUUGAUUUGCAUAAAACGCUUGCAAUUACGUCUAGUGAUAUAACUGGCAACUUAGAUAAAGAUUUAAGCAAGUCAAUUAAUCUUAUAAUUAAGUGUAUAAAAUUCUAGCCCUAGUCUCUCAGAAUGCUUUACACUAUUUUAUCCUAGUGAGCAAGAAAGCUCUGCUUUUAGCAGUUGUUCAGCUUGUUCUGUCUUCAUUAUACCUGAGGCUUUCUCUUUCCUUCUGCAAGAAGAGACAAAGACUGCAAGUUUUGGAAGCACUUGUAAUAACUCCUUCCAGCAUUGGUCAGAUCUGUAAGUCCACAGAAAGUUCAGUCUUGUUCCUGUGAAAGGAGUUCAUCUAGUGGGAUCCUGUUUCUCCUUAAAGCUGCAAAGGGCUUGGAUAACUUCAAGGGACAGUCUAGUCUGUGUAUGGCAAAAGCAAGUAAUUUUAGAGCAGAACCUGAUACCAUCUUACCUCUGCAUGGAGAGACGCUGAGCAACACAGCUCCUGUUGAUUCAGGUGGAAGUUGCAGGACAUCUGCUUUUAUGUUCCAGAAGAACUCGUGUGGGCAGGUGUCUGUGCUUAGCGUGGACCAUAAAUGCAACAUACUGUUUUCCUGGGCAUUUAGUUUAUACAGAACCCAUAUGGAGCUAAUUCUGGGUUUUAAGGUUUUAAUUUCAAUUAAGUAAUCCCUGAAGCACAGCGCAAUUGAAGCAACAGACCUGUUGUCUUGUAGAUUUAGACUCUCUCUGAAACUGAUACUCCUCCCACUGAUUUUAUUGGUGACUUCUCAUGAUAGCAUAACAUGUUAAUUUAGUAUAACUGUGAUUUGAUAAACAGCAGCAGCUUUUUAGGUGUGAUUACAGCCUUCUUGUAACCGCAUGUUUCGGCAGAUACUAUCUUUUGUCUAUACAAAGUCCAAAUCCUUAUGGAAGUCGCUGGUGCCUGUUACCAGGAGCAAACUACACGCAAGUCAUGUUAUAGACUGAACACCUGAUGAAUUCUGUCCUUAAAACAGUGUUACUAAAAUAUACCUAUGGUACAUAUUUUAGCCUUCUUGUCUAUAUAGUGGUGUGAGGAAAGUUCAUCAUCCUGAUUAAUGAAAUCCUUGUGUGACAUUUUUAGGGUCGCUUUGAAGCUGUAUAUCGAAUGCUCCCCACAGGUGAGGCUCAGGCAUGCUGUCAUAAAACAUGUGAGGAAGAGACGGUGAGACUUAUUCCUUUCACGUGCUCAAAUUUGGGGAAGGGUUUGGAUUUUUUUUUCCUUUUCUUUUGAACGUGGAAAACAGUGCUGUAUCAAAGUGCUGUUCUGUAAACAGCUGAACAGACCUGUUCCUUCAUGCUGUUCACUUCGAAAUAGGCUUCACUGCAUUUUAAAAACUAUGUUGAGAUUGUUUUUCUCAAACCAGCACACACUAUCCUCUUUUCAGAGGGCUGAUUUUCCUGAUAAGCCAUUCUUUGUUUUUCCUACUAAGGGAACAGUCUUAUAUCAUCAGCUAGAAAAAAUGUACCCUGUAAAAUGUGGAUUCUUUUUUCCCUUUGAAAUCGUCUUUCAUGGUUAACUUUUUGCUAAUUUAGUUCUUAUUCAUUUCUUCUGCACAACAUUCUAUGCUGUUCUUCCCACAUACCUUUCAAAAUCAGGGGCAAUUACAUCCUGCGAUUACAGAGGCAGCCUGUGAAUUUUUUCAUUAGUCUACAUUUUAAAAGUUAUUCUGUGAAAACACAAAUGCUGGAAUGCAAACAAUUCUCUAGCCUACGCUGGUGCUUAAACUUGCUCAGCGAUUUUUUUUUCUGUUUGCCUGUUUCUAGGAUCAGUUUGUCCUAAUGCUCUGUGUUACGUGUUUUUUGGAAUCAGAACAAGUACUUACCAGUCCAGGUACAAGGGGAUGUUUAAUUGUUCUCCUGAGUUAUAGGAUAGAUGAAACUGAAAGCUCUUUAGAGCUGAACUCAAAUGAACAAAACCUAAGAAUCUUCAUAAAAUAAGAUCUCAAGACAAUCAGUGGCCUUUUCAUUGAAUUCUCAGUUUCUUUGCAGGUGAAGGAGGGUUCUGACUCCGGGCUAAUUGGUUGUGAAAGGGAGAUGAACAAAUGAGAUGUGCUUUUGCAUCCCCCUCCCUUUUUUAAUAUCUCCUUUUUUCUCCUUCCCUACUGCUAGCAAGGAAAGUAAUUACAGAUGGGACACUUUGCAGCCUUUCUUUUCGAUCUAAAAUCUGCCAAGAUUGAAACUCCUGCAGGGAUAACAUUUUUUUAAAAUGUGCCAAAGAGCAAAAGAUUGUUUGAACAUUCAAGUAUUCAUCCAACUCAUUUAAAAAGAAAACUCUUCUCCUUCCAGCCAGUGUG